AUGGAUCAGCCAACGAACACGCAGACCCCGCAUCAACACGAACCCAUCAGCUUCGGGAUUGAUCAGAUUUUGAACAGUUCUGAUCAGGAGCCCUCUUCCCAAGCCGCCCCCCGAGGAUCCGACGGCGCCACAAAUUACCUGGGAAGCCCCGUGAGCGGCGGCGGCGGCGGCGGUGGAGGCGGUGGAGGCGGCGGCGGCAGCAGCACGACCCGAACGGGCGCCCCAGCCUACGCGUCCCUCCCGGGCACUUUUGCGGGCCUGGGGGGACCCUUCGAAGACUCUGGAUCUUACAGUGUGAAUCUAAGCUUGGCUCCAUCUGGCGUGAUCCGGGUGCCAGCUCACAGACCCAUCCCUGGGGCAGUGCCACCUCCCAUCUCGAGUGCCAUACCCGCCAUGCCAGCUGUACCCAGCCUGGGCAGCCUCAACUUCCCUUGGAUGGAGAGCAGCAGGCGGUUCGUCAAGGACAGAUUCACAGCAGCGGCGGCGCUCACGCCCUUCACGGUGACGCGGAGGAUCGGGCACCCCUACCAGAACCGCACCCCGCCCAAGCGCAAGAAGCCGCGCACCUCCUUCUCGCGGGUGCAGAUCUGCGAGCUGGAGAAGCGCUUCCACCGGCAGAAGUACCUGGCCUCGGCCGAGAGGGCGGCGCUCGCCAAGUCGCUCAAGAUGACCGACGCCCAAGUCAAGACGUGGUUCCAGAACCGCAGGACCAAGUGGCGGCGCCAGACGGCGGAGGAGCGGGAAGCCGAGCGGCAGCAGGCGAGCCGGCUGAUGCUGCAGCUCCAGCACGACGCCUUCCAGAAGUCGCUCAACGACUCGAUCCAGCCGGACCCGCUCUGCCUGCACAACUCGUCCCUCUUCGCCCUCCAGAACCUCCAGCCUUGGGAAGAGGAAGGAUCCAAGAUCCCGCCCGUC